CUAAAUGUAGCAAAUGUAGCUUACGAAAUUUGAAGGUGGUUUAGCCAUCCAUUGAGCUAGCGCCACAUGAACGUGGUUUGGCUCGCAUUUACCCAUAGCAUUAUCCCUGUACUCCAUAAUGGUAAGACCAUUGUCAGUGCUUUGAGCUCUUCUACUUGCUCUAUUGUGCAAAGCCUUCACGCGUUGAUAGCUAAGAUAUCGGGGCCUAUGUCUGUCCAUGGAACUAGCCUAGAGCAAGAUCCCUGUGCUCCAUAAUGGUAAGACUUUUGCAAGUGCUUUGAGCUCUUCUACCUGCUCUAUCAUGCAAGGUCUCCACUUGUUGAUGGCCAAGCCAUCGGGGGUUAUGUCUGAUUAUAGAACUAAUCUAGAGCACAAUCCAUGUACUCCAUAAUGGUAAGACCUUUUAAGCUCCCUUUUUUUUUUCUUUUUUUUUUUUCCUAAUAGGAAUAAGUGUUUUCAGCUCUUCGAUGUGCUCUAUUGUGUGUAGUCUUCACGGGUUGACAGAUGAACCAUCAAGUGCUACGUGAUCUUGUUAAGGAUUUUUAAUAAUAAAAGCUUUAUCCUAAA